CAAUGAGAUCAAGGAAAACAGGAGAAUGUGUGUUUAGAUGAACAAGCAGAUUGCAAGUUCAGAAGAAAAUAUAAAAGCUAUAAGGAAGGAGGGAGAAAAAUGUUUUGAGCUCAAUAGGAAGAAGUUCGAGGAAGUGGAGCGUGAGAGAAGAAGAGUAACUGAUGAGAAUGAACUUUUGAAGGCCAAAUUUAGCGAAUUGGAGAGUCAAACAGCCUUGUGGCUAAAAGAAUUAGAAGGUUCUGGCAAGCAUCAUGGUUUGUCUUGGGAGCUGGAAGGAAAGGAAGUGGAAUGUGAGUGGUAUAAGAAUCCAUUGAAGAACCUAACAUUGAUUAAAGAUGUUUAUGAUACUGAACUUGAUGGCUUCAAAACAGCAUUCAGUGGACUGAAAGAGAAAUUUAUGGGUCUAGAAGAAGAUCGGAAAGUUAUGUCCAGAAGUGAGAUGAGAGCACAAGAAAGAGCCGCUCACUUGGAAGAGGUAAUUGCGAAGAUGGAAAAGAAGUUGGAGAUGCAGGACUUGAAGCUUGAAGAUGAGAUUUCAACUCAGAGAUGUUUAGAUUCUCACGAUGAUGGUGAAAGAGAAUGUGGUCAGACAGGUUCACCAGAUAAAGUAUCUUAUGGUGAUACAGGGGAUAACAAUACAAACAAAAGGCCUUGCAGUGAAAUGGAUGGUGUGAUCCAUGACACUCAUGUGGUUGCUUCAUCGAAAAUAGAAGACAAAAUGUUGAACAACACUGAAGAAAUACAUAUGUUUGAGCAAGAUAGUUUGAAUCCAGCAGGUAUCUUUGAGAUUGGUGACAACAAUGAUGAAAGGAAAACUAGCCCAAAGAGUUUUUUUCGCACUGGAGGCAAAAGAAGCCUGAAUGUUCCGACUGGCAAUACAACUGAAAGGCACUUUAAAAGAUCAUUCUCUGAUCAGAGAUGCAAGGAACAUGGCAGCAGUUAUGAAGAAGAUAAUAUCCGAUUAUCUUCGGCAGCAAAAAGAAGAAGGUUCUCGACGGAAGUAACUAGUGAUACUGAGGAAGAUGAUACAACUCCACUUGGUGAAUUUCAGGAGAAGAAACUGGAAGAGCUAUUAGUAAUUCCUAAAACCAAACACUCGCCGGUGAAUCUUUGUGCUGGGGAUGUGUCUCUCUCUUCUCGGGGUCAAAAUAUUGAGGAAUUUGUCCCCCUUCCACAACAAGGACAGGUUUCACUGACGGAGUGUGAUGAGAAGAAGAGUCAGGCUGAUAGUACAUUGAUUGAAAAAUUCAUAUCUUCAAAUAAUCUGGAAAUGAGCGGGUCAUCACUAGUUACAGUAUGCAACCUAAAUUCGCAAAAUGACCGAGAGAAAGUAUCUGAGCAUGAGGUGGGUGUCAGUUUGAGUGGAUUAUUUGUAAAUGGGUCUGAAACUUUUGAUAGUGGAGAUAGCUCAAGUGACUCAGAAGAUGCACUGGAUAAUGAGUUGGAUAUUGGUGAAGUUGUAGCAAUGAUGAGAAGGAACACAAAUAAAGAAUUGAAAUGGCAAAAUGAAGCAGACAUGCUUUCUUCGUUCAAGAAGCAUCCCGUCCUCUGCAUGAAAGUUGUCUGUGCUCUACAUAGGCGGAAAACAGAUGAGGGAAAAUCAAUAAUGGGUCCAUUUAGCAAGUUCGCUGCGCACAGUUGCUCUAUUUACUGGUAUGUUAUGGACAAGAUGCGACUUAUCACAGUGCUUAAUAUGGUCCUGCUUUUUAGUCACUAUCAGAUCAUGUCCUUGACCCCCAACAAGCUGAUGGGCCGAAGUUUGAUCAUAAUGACUGCCUUGUGUCAGAACAUUAGGCACAUAGGCCAUCCGUCGUUUGGAUCAUCUUGAUUGUAAGAGCGUCACUAAUAGAUGCCUAGGUGUAAGAGACAUUGGUAUGUACAUCAGACUAAUCGAAUUAAAUGACCAGAACUACCAUUUCAAGUAUAAGAAAGAAAACAGUUAAGCCGGUGCCACCGUAGUACAGUGAUAAAGUCACUGGGUGAUGAUACCAGUGAUCUGAGUUCGAAUUCUUUACCGAUCAAAAAAAGAAAGAAAACAGUUAAUUCUAGUUUGCAAGCAAAAGCAUCUCCCAAUAACUUCCGUACACAUAUCUCCAUUAUGAAAGUUUAGUUUGCUAAUUCGUUGCUGGCUUUCUGAUCUGUUCCCCACCAGAAACUUUUAGAAUGAGACCAGUAUGUCGUGAGAGUCAUGGAUGCCCAAAAUGAAGGAGAAGUUCUGAAAUUCCUCAUUUUCUAUUACAGUUACACCAUUGAAGCUUUGUACUAAUUAUUUUUUGCAAUCAUUAUA